UGCUACCAUAACUAUGACGACGCAACAAUCAUUCAUUAUCGAACCAAAAAAUCAUUCAUUGCCCUUUGGCUCUGCAACUCUCACUCCAUUUGUAUUCCAUGGCCGCCGCCAGAAGAAUCAUUGGGUCCAAUAAGACCUUGUUGCCGUCCAAUAAGACCUUGUCGCCUUCUCUUCUUUCUUUUCGCAGGGGAAUUGCUUUCAAGCUUUUCGUCGGAGGAUUGUCCUUCUGCACAACAGAGAAAGCAUUGUCAGAUGCGUUUUCCAAUUACGGGCAAGUUAUUGAAGCUAAAGUUGUAACAGAUAGGGUGUCAGACAGACCAAAAGGAUUUGGGUUUGUCACCUUCGCUUCACAAGAUGAGGCCGAAAAUGCCAUAACACAGAUGAAUCGAAAAGCACUAAAUGGACGUGUUAUUUUUGUUGAUUAUGCAAAACCCAAUGUCAACACAGGUGGUGGAAUGCCAAUUGCCAGAGGACCUCCUGCAGAUCCUUGAUUUCCCCUCAGACCAUAUGAUAUUGUUUAAUCAUUUAUUUGAGCAAGUGAUAUGUUAAAAAAUGGCUACUAUUAUGUACACAACAAGUAGAAGCACUGAGCAGCACAAGUGAUAAUUGAAGGAUUCAUGGAUUAUAUAAUACUGACAUGUGGAAGAUUUUGUGAUUGUAGCAGAAGCAUAUAAACUGUCCU